AGAGCCUCCUGCGCAGCAUUCCGCGUGUGUCCGUGGGGCUGAGACUGCGUGGCUGUGCCGCGAGACGACAUCUGCGGGCUGCAUUCCCGUAAAGCAGCUCUGCAGGAGAAAGCAUGGACACGGAAAACAGAAAGAAAGAUGCCUGCACCCGAAGACACAACCCGCUGUGGCUCCAGGAAACAGCGCUUCCGGCUGAUGUCCAGGUUUGAGCCAAACAGCAAGAUACUGUGACUUUGCUGAACCAAGAACCAAGGUCUUCGUCAUGGCUGCCACUCUGAGAUGGUCUAAGCCUCUUCCUGUGAUGUACGGCCGCUACACCCAGGAGCUCGGGGUGUUCGCCAAAGAAGAAGCCGCUCGGCUGAGGGAGAGCGAGCAGAGGCGGUCGGUCCGAGAUCGGACUCGCACUCUGGACCUCCUGGAGUACGAAAAGGGUCGCUGUGCCAAGUGUCGCAGGUCAGGGUACCCAUAUGUUCUGGAAGCCCCAGCCCAGGACUUUGUCUCUGUAUGCACGGUUCGCUGUCAGAAGUUCCUGAUCUCGCGUGUUGGAGAGGACUGGAUCUUCCUCAUCCUGCUGGGACUCGUCAUGGCCCUGGUCAGCUGGGUCAUGGACUUCUGCAUCGCCAUAUGCCUCCAAGCACAGAAGUGGAUGUACGGUGGGUUGGACAGCAACAUGUUCCUGCAGUACCUGGCCUGGGUCACCUACCCUGUGGUCCUCAUCACCUUCUCCGCAGGCUUCACCCAGAUCCUCGCCCCACAGGCUGUUGGUUCGGGCAUUCCAGAGAUGAAGACCAUCCUGAGAGGAGUGGUUCUGAAGGAGUACCUCACCUUUAAAACAUUUGUGGCUAAAGUCAUCGGUCUCACCUGCGCUCUGGGAAGCGGCAUGCCUCUGGGCAAAGAGGGUCCAUUUGUACACGUCGCCAGUUUGUGUGCUGCUCUUCUCAGCAAGUUCAUGUCUCUCUUUGGAGGAAUUUAUGAGGAGCCCAGCCUUGUAGGCAUCAAGGAUCUCAUAGGAACGAAGAAUGAGUCGAGGAACAUCGAGAUGCUGGCAGCAGCCUGUGCUGUGGGGGUGGGCUGCUGUUUCGCUGCCCCCAUAGGAGGAGUGUUGUUUAGUAUUGAAGUAACGUCCACAUUCUUCGCUGUGAGGAAUUACUGGAGAGGGUUCUUCGCUGCUACCUUCAGUGCCUUCAUCUUCAGAGUGCUGGCUGUUUGGAACAGGGAUGAAGAGACUAUCACAGCCCUGUUUAAGACCAACUUUCGACUGGACUUUCCCUUCGACCUCCAGGAGCUUCCGGCCUUUGCUGUUGUUGGGAUUGCCAGUGGGUUUGGUGGUGCUUUGUUCGUCUACCUGAACAGACAGUUCGUCCUGUUCAUGAGGAAGCAAAAGGCCAUCAACAAGUUUCUCAUGAAAAAACGUCUGCUGUUUCCAGCUGUGGUCACUUUAGUUAUUUCCUCGCUAACAUUUCCCCCUGGCUUCGGACAGUUUAUGGCUGGGCAGUUGACCCAGAAGGAGACUCUGGUGACAUUUUUCGAUAACCUCACAUGGGCUAAACAGGGAAUCUCCCACGAGUUUGACUACAUGGGAUAUUCCCAAGCCUGGAGACACCCACAGAUUAACGUCUUCAUCAUGCUGGUCCUCUUCAUCAUCAUGAAGUUCUGGAUGUCGGCCCUGGCCACGACCAUCCCCGUGCCUUGUGGAGCCUUCAUGCCAGUAUUUGUUAUUGGGGCAGCAUUCGGUCGUCUGGUUGGAGAGAGCAUGGCAGCCUGGUUUCCAGAUGGCAUUAACACAGAUGGCACCAUCUACCCCAUCGUGCCAGGAGGCUACGCUGUUGUGGGUGCAGCAGCCUUGUCCGGGGCCGUCACCCACACUGUUUCCACUGCCGUCAUCGUGUUCGAGCUGACGGGACAGAUCUCCCACAUCCUGCCGGUGAUGAUCGCGGUGAUCCUGGCCAACGCCGUGGCCCAGUCCCUGCAGCCCUCCCUGUACGACUCCAUCAUAAGGAUCAAGAAGCUGCCGUACCUCCCGGAGCUGGGCUGGGGACACCAUGAGAAAUAUAACAUCCGCGUGGAGGACAUCAUGGUGAGGGACGUGCGGUACAUCACUCUGAACUGCUGCUACCGAGACCUGCACAACGUGCUGCUGACAGGAAACCUCAAGACUCUAGCGCUGGUGGAAUCAGCAGAGUCUAUGAUCUUGCUGGGCUCCAUCGAGCGCGCUCAGCUCCAGUCGCUGCUCUCUCAGCAACUCAGUCGCGCCAGGCGGCUAGAGUACAUCAGGCAAAGAUCUGUUGUGGAGAAGAAGCACCUGUCGGAGGUGUCGAACCCCAGCAGCGAGGACGGCAACCAGCGAGCCAGUCAGGAGGUCCGCUUCCAGAUCUCCACUGAGGAAUCCUCUUUCAGUCCUGCCCGUCCCGUUUCUCAAAAGCCCCUAAAACCUGCACUGAAGAGAUCUUCUGUGAUGGAGCGAAGCAUCGAGAUCCCCACUAGUCCACAUGAUAAUUCAGGCAUCGCUUUAAAGAGCCUAUUCUGCGCCAGUCGAGACACAGAAGGCCUGGAGAAAAACAACAACUUGGAGAGAGCGCCGUCUCCUGAGCUCAGGAGGCCGUCCAAAAGAGUCCGGAUAUCUGUUGUGGAUGAUGGCGAUUUGGAGGAUGACAUGACCAUUAGAGAGAUUGCAGAGUGGGAGGAGAAGCAGCUUGAUGAGCAGGUCAACUUUAACAACUGCAAGAUCGACCCGGCCCCGUUCCAGCUGGUGGAGCGCACGUCGCUGCAUAAGACCCACACCAUCUUCUCCCUGCUGGGCCUCGACCACGCCUACGUCACCAGCAUUGGACGCCUCAUUGGUGUGGUUUCCCUCAAAGAGCUUCGCAAGGCCAUCGAGGGCUCUGUGAACGUCAAAGGCGUGAAGGUGCGUCCUCCUCUGGCCAGUUUCCGAGACAGUGGCCCCACCGGCAGCAGCAGCAGCGAGAGCGAGGCCACCGAGCUCCACAAACUGUGGGACCGGCACCGGAGCGUCUCGCUCCCUCGCGAGCACGUCCCGUCAGAAUCAGACGAGAAGUCGCAAUGAAGGAAAGUACAGCUAAGGAGGAAGAGGAGGAGGAGGAGGAGUGAGGCGCUAACGUCUCCAUCCCCCCAAAGCCACAAACAUGCAUCAAACCUCAGGGCGUAGGAUCAAUAUUUAAUUGAGGAAGGAGUUGUUCUCUAACGCCAGGCUUCUCUCAACUCCUCAUCUGCUCCUGUCUCAACAACCAGCGCUUUCACCUGGAGCCUGACACCACACGGAGGAAGUGGGACACUGCUCAGCAUCUGCUGAGGAACCCACAGCAGAGCCCACGGGUGGGGUUUUAUGAACAGACGUGUUAAUCAAAUCCAGUGAGGGACUGGGGAUGGGUUGAAAUCUACAAAAAGGGUUCGUGUUGUUAGCAAACUUUAAGUAUCUUCAAGAUCAAAUCAUGCCAGAGUCGUCUUUUUAACCAGUCUUUUAACCAGUCAGUCAACCAGUAGAGAGGAGAGAGAGAGGCAGCAAGCAAAUACUCCUCACCUGUAGUUUGCCUUUGGGAAACAUGUCAUCCCUUAUUUUCCAGGUUGGAUAAUAACUUUUCCGCCUGUUCAGGUGCUCUGGGUUUAACUGGAACCUUCAUCAUCUCUUCACUGCGAGUCUUAGUGUUCGGGCGCGGACGCACCCGUCGCCAGCGCUAAAAGCACCUGUGGUCCUUUACAUUGACACUUUGUGUUUCUCUUCUCGCUGUAGCUUUUGCCUUGAAUCACAAUGCACAGAUACGUACGCACAAACACCGGGCGGCGACGCACUCCAACAGCGCAGGUUCUCUGCUCAUCUAAAUAUAGCUCCUAAUACCCGGUCCAGAGAAGAGAGGCAGGGAGUGAAGACAUCAUUACCUAACCAGCUGCUCUGGGCCUCCUCAUGGACUCGCCUUUGAUCACCAUCUUAGCUCACCUCCAUUACUAUCAGAGACUCAGCAGCCUGUAUGAUGUAAUGCUGGGGAGCGACAGACGCCGCUUCCACCCUACGUGGCCCCGGUGACGAUGCACGAGCAGCAUCCGAGCUUAGCAGCAGUGACGCUAAUGACACUGAAGGAAAGUUGUGAGCGUUCGGUCAUGUUGGCUGGAACCAGUCAGGCCUUGAAUGGUGUUACUGGCAGCGGCGUUUUUGAUUCAGCAAAACGUCAGAGGUGAUAGACAGCGCGUGAGUACGGAGCGUUUAAUAAUUGAUGUCCAGAAUAAUGCUUGAGGCUUGUCAGCAUCCACAAAGCUUUGAUUUGUUGCACAUUUCCUUUUUUUUUUAGUUUCUUCUGUUCCGAUGCUCCUUCUUUUGUUUUUCUUCUUUUUAUUUAUUUAAUCUCUGGACCAGAUGCUGACGUCCACUGCGUCUGUUGGGACGUGAGCUGCUGUGGCUACGCCUUCUGAAUGCAUUCACACCCAGUGGCGUUGACUUCCCCUCGCGUUUCACUUACUGACUGUUGAUGGUCUCAUCGUGCAGAGUUACCAGCACUGCUUUGCACCAGAGGUUUCGUAGUAAAUGAUCACACGUAUCCAAAAAACAAAAGCUUGACAAAACUGAACACGAGCUCAGUGGAUGGUGUCUAAUGCUAACUGUGUGUUUUUACUGUAUCUGUUCAUACUCCACAAGCAGAUCGUUUCACUUUGAGCUUUAUCUCUCGCCUUAAUUUAAACUGGGAGCGUUUGCCGAGUCAAACUUACAGAUUAAUAUAUUUAACAGCAUUCCAGUAACAUGAAAUCAUAAUUUAACAUCGUAGCACGUCUUAAAUUGUUGACUCUUCUCUUUGUGAAAGAGAUGUUUUGUUUUUCAUUGUGUAUUUCUUCAUCACAUGUGAUUGUUUAUUUCCAAAACGUGUCCGACGGGCGUCGCCAAUGGGCCGAAGGCCGGCGCCGGCUGCCUGACGCGGUCCGACGCGUGUUCCGGCAGUGACGCGUUGCUCCACACGUGGCUGCGUCCGCUCCCUGAACCGGGAGAAUCGCAGGGUGGACGAGGCGCAUUGAAACGCAGAAAUAUGUAAGCGGGCUGGAUGAUGUGUCGGUGCGCUAUGCAAUUAUCGCCAUGGCAACCUGUCGUCACUGCCACCCCACCACCGCAGCCCCCUCCCCUCGGGGACCAGAUUUUCAUUAUUCUGCCUACUGCUUCUCCUUCCCGUCCAUGAACAUGGUUCUCAUCUCAUUUGCCACCAGACACAUGCAUUCAGAUGCGUGUACGAGUCUGUGUAUUACUAAAAGUAGACCUUGUACAGUGUCUUUUUUUUAACUGACGAUUUACUUGUACGGAUGCGAUUUGUGCAAUAAUGGUCAUUAAUCUGUUUUUGUAACCCAGUUUAAAUUGGUGACGUGAAUGAAAGUAACCUUAUUUUUGUAAAGAAACCUGAAAAGUGUAAAAAGGCGUAGGAGAUGAACAGACGGACGCCCGCAGAGCAGCCUGUGUGAGCUCGAGCCAGGCUCGAAUUACAGUUUAAAGAGGUGAAGCGUUCCCAGUAGAACGCUGAAAUAUUUAAGGCCCCGUUUGCACCUUUUUAUGUGUUCGUCUGGAGAAGAAGAAAGGUUUAAAGUUCACCUGUUGGCUUUGGAAGACCUUCCCUGUCUGCUCUGAACCGGUCUGUGCUGCAUCCCGCUACGUUUACCCCCCACCCCCACCCCCAAGCACUGACGCUGAAUCCGCUUUAUCAUGCUCCACUAUCCUUGGCUUCACUCCGAGGGCUCUGAUAAGACCUGAUCCUCACAUCAGCUGUUGAGGGUUAUCUCGCAUCCACUCCUUGGGGACCGUAUCGUGCAUUGUACAUACUUGAGGCCUCCUCUGUGACUGAGCAAAAUCCAGAGCUAUUUUUCACACGGGAAAAUAAAAACAUUAUUUUGUAUAUAUGUUGAAUAAAUGAGAUUUUAACAAA